AUGCCUGGCACCCAGGAUCCCUCCGAGCAGGUCAAGUUCCUCGUCUCCUGCAUCGGACAUACCAACAAUGGCCGGCCCGACUUUGCUGCCGUUGCCGAAGAGCUUGGAAUCGUCACCAAGGCUGCCGCGCAAAAGCGGUACGAGCGCAUGCUCAAAGCCAAUGGAGUCAGCGGCACCAAGUCGCCUACCAAGACUGCCGACGAUGGAGCCAUUCCCACUCCCCAGACUACUCCGGUCAAGCGCAAGGCUGCUGCUGCCCGUACUCCUGGCUCGGCCAAGAAGACUAGGGGCAAGGCGGGCAAGGACGUGAAGAAGGAGGAGUCGGAUGGGGAGAAGACGAAGAAGGGCGUCAAGAAGGAAGAGGAUUCCGAGUCUGAUCUCAGCGGUUGGUAG